AUGGCAGCGCCUGGGGCCUCCGUUUGUGACCUCAAGUACGAUACCUGCCGUGGUGCCCCUGGUGCAAAUCUGUCGACCUGCGCCUCUGAGAAGGCCGCGUGUGACGCUGCUGGAUCGAGCUGCCAGGCCAAGUACGACACCUGCCGUGGUGCUCCUGGUGCAAACCUAUCGACCUGCGCCUCUGACAAGGCCGCGUGUGACGCGGACCGCAGUGGCACCUCGACUACGACGCGAGCUGCGAAGCCAACCUCGGGGCCCGCGGGCGACUGCCAGGCCAAGUACGAUACCUGCCGUGGUGCCCCUGGUGCAAAUCUGUCGACCUGCGCCUCUGACAAGGCCGCGUGUGACGCGGACCGCAGCAGCACCUCGACUACGACGCGAGCUGCGAAGCCAACCCCAGGGCCCGCGGGCGACUGCCAGGCCAAGUACGAUACCUGCCGUGGUGCCCCCGGUGCAAACCUGUCGACCUGCGCCUCUGACAAGGCCGCGUGUGACGCUGCUGGAUCGAGCUGCCAGGCCAAGUACGACACCUGCCGUGGUGCUCCUGGUGCAAACCUAUCGACCUGCGCCUCUGACAAGGCCGCGUGUGACGCGGACCGCAGUGGCACCUCGACUACGACGCGAGCUGCGAAGCCAACCUCGGGGCCCGCGGGCGACUGCCAGGCCAAGUACGAUACCUGCCGUGGUGCCCCUGGUGCAAAUCUGUCGACCUGCGCCUCUGACAAGGCUGCGUGUGACGCGAACUGCAGUAACACCUCUACUAUGACGCAAGCUGCUAAGCCAACCCCAGGGCCCGCGGGCGACUGCCAGGCCAAGUACGAUACCUGCCGUGGUGCUCCUGGUGCAAAUCUGUCGACCUGCGCCUCUGAUAAGGCUGCUUGCGACGCGAACAGAGGCAGCAGGUCCACGUCAUCGGUUAAGCCUGCUUCAACGUCCCCUUCAGCUCCUCUCUUUACGGGUGCUGCAAGCCGGCUCUCAGGCAAUAUUGCUGUUGUAGGAGUCCUGGUUCUCGGCCUCGCCAUUUAA